ACUUUUAAGGAGGCAAGUUGUUGCAGAUUCUUCAAACACACUGAAUUGCCUAUUGAGCCGUUUCAACAGUCAGCUAAUCUUUGGAUUGGCUCCGGGCCCUCAACAGUGUAUGAAGAAAACACCUCAAACACUGUUUCGAAAGCACGACAAAUCCAUUUGAACAUAUCAACCAAGGCCUACUGGAAAAUAAGUGCUGAAUGUUCCCUGCCGGUAGCACACAACAGUAAACCCAAUUGGUGAUGUGCAUUUCCUGAAGACACUUCCUCGAGUCAUGUGGCAGACAGGGGGAGAGGUGUAUAAAAGAGUAGGGACUUUGGAGGUAGAGCAAAAGAAACAUCAGUGGUUUCCAAAUCUUGUGACCAGCUCCCAACCACUUUCUCCACGCCUCUCCUUCUGGAUCUCUGGCUAGUCUGAGCUGCUCAGACUCUCUCUCUCUCUCAAGCACACACUCCUGUCUCUGCGAGCCUCCUGCUCCUGUGACUGUAGUCUCUGGUCCGUCACCUGCACUCCUGUCACAGCAUGCAGCUCCUGGUGGUGUUAGCAGCUCUCAUGGGGCUUCUGUUCAGUGUUAGAGCAGCCGCCGUGCUUCCUGUGGAUGAAAGGAGCCCCGUCCAUGUGAACAGGGAGCUGAGCAAAGAACGCAAGGAGCUGAUCUUGAAGCUUGUGUCUGGCUUGCUGGAUGGAGCUCUGGACACCAACAUGCUGCCGGGGGAAGCGGCACCUUUGGAUCUUGAGGAGCCGCUUGAGUCUCGUCUGGAGGAGAGGGCUGUCUACAACAGACUAUCACUGCCUCAGCGUGACCGCAAAGCGCCCUGUAAAAACUUCUUCUGGAAAACUUUCACCUCUUGCUAACAGUGCCCAAAAGCACCCGGCUCUGCCUGCCUAUUGUACUCCUUCGCUCCCAUCUCCACAUGAACUGUAGUAGACCACAGCUG